AUGGCUCUUGUGUUGUUGUAUGUUGAUAAGAAUGGUGAGGUGGUAGAACGAUUUAUCGGUCUAGUCCAUGUUAGUGAUACAUCGACAUGCUCGUUAAAGAAAGAAAUCUACUGUUUUCUUUCCAAUCACUCACUAAGUCCAUCCAAAAUACGUAGACAAGGUUAUGAAGGAGCUAGUAAUAUGAGAGGAGAGAUAAAUGACUUCUUUGAUCAUGUUACUAAUGUGUUGAAUGUUGUUGGAAGAUCUUUUAAGCGUAGAGAUUUGAUUCGUCAUCAUCAAGCUAAAAAGUUGGAGCAGUUACUUAAAUCAGUGAUUAAACAUGAAGGUUCCACCUCAAGUGAUAGAAAUCAAGCAAAAUAUCUUUUGACUGAGAUUAAAACAUUCAAAUUUGUUUUUAUGCUUCACUUGAUGUUGAAAGUGUUGGCAAUGUCAAAUGAGUUGAGCAAAAUUUUACAAAAAAAGGAUCAAGAUAUUAUUAAUUCCAUGGAGUUUCUUAACAUUGCAAAAGAAAGAUUGCAAGAUAUGAGGGAAACUGGAUGGAAGCCUUUGUUGGAUGAUGUUUCCUCAUUUUGUGAUGUACAAGAUAUUUUGAUUCCCAAGUUGGAUGAGUCUUAUUUUCCUGGAAAGUCAAAGCGUAAGUCUUCUGGUGUUUGUUAUUCACACCACUGGCGUAUUGAAAUCUUUUGUGCUGUGAUUAAUGUGCAACUUCAAGAGCUUAAUGAUUGCUUUGAUGUAGUGAGUAGUGAUUUGCUUCUUGGGAUGGGUAGCUCGAAUCCUAUCAACUCUUUUGCUAAUUUUGAUAAAGGGAGAAUCAUGACUUUAGCAAAGUGUUACCCGGAUGAGUUUGAUGAAAUACAGAUUCGGGAUUUGAGUUACCAACUCGAUACUUUCAUAUUUCAUAUGCGAAGUGGUAAUCCCAAGUUCUCCAACUUGCAAGGAAUUCGUGAUUAG